AUGUCGUUGGAUAUCGCGACAGUGACAGGUGUGAUAAUAAUCGCGAUAAUAAUCACCGGUGCGGUCGGAAAUUGUCUUACUUUAUUCGUGUUCUAUCGUUAUGAUCCGUUACGUGACGUUACGGGCCUGUUUCUGGCAAAUCUUGCAGUUGCAGAUCUUUUGCAGUCGGUUAUAGGGAUGCCUUUGAUAGCAACGUCGGCAUUUUACGAAGAGUGGGUUUUUGGAGAGAUUUUGUGCACCAUCAGUGGAGCGACUAAUUCCUUGUUCUGUAUCACUUCUGUUCUGACCCUGACUGCCGUGUCAGUGGAUCGAUAUUUGGCCAUAGUCCAUCCACUAGAGUACCCCACAUGGCUUUCCAUGAAAAGGUCAAAAAUGGUUGUGGUCUGCCUGUGGCUUAUGGCGUUUUUUGCUGCACUUCUGCCAGUACUUGGCUGGUCAAGGUAUGUUUUUCACAUUGAAUGUUUUGUUUUUUUUUGUAUUUUUUGUUUGCUUUUGUAGUGUAGAUCGCGCUUCUGUAGCUUGCGAGAGCAACCGGUUUUUUCGGCUCAAGAAAGUAGAAACUUGAGCCGAAAAAACCUGAUGCUCUGGCAGGCUAGCGAUUCUGUGUCCACUCGACAACGUUUUUGACAUUCUCGCCAUCUUUUUUAAAAAUUUUAAUUUGACCAAAAAUCCAAGAUGUUUUGAAGUUUCGUGCGGGGUAGAAAGGUAUAAAAUGUUGAUUGCUGGUUCGAUGUGCGCAUAGUUAGUCUAAACAAUAAAUAGAAUAUAAAACAGAUGUACAUAUAGUAUUAAAUGAUGAAUAAAUAAUAAACAGUAUAUAAAUUAAGUCAGCCUGCUUUCCACGGAUGCCGAGUGUAUAUUAUUUGAAGAAUUCCUUUCAGCCAGAUUUAAAAAUGUGUAAAUGUAAAAAUGUGUGAAAACAUGUACGUGAAGAGUUUAAGGGUCGGUUAUUUAAACGAAGUGUAACUUAGACCGCGGUUUAAGAAAUCUUUCGACCUUCAGAUCUCUUCCUCAGUGGGUUAUUUUAAGAAGACAAAAUGUUGUUUUAGUUAGCUGUAUGCAUUCAUGAAACUGGUCACAAUAAAUGGUCUUUACAAAAAAGCGUUCGGUAAACUGAAAAUUGCUGAUAACGGCGUUUUGUUAAACAGUGCCUAUACCGUCCAUUUACCUAACUGGCGCCAAGAGUUUUUAUGUAUAUUUUUUUACCAAUCAAACAAACUUCUUUUGCAGUAUGUCGGAUCUGAAAAAUUUCUGCUCUGAAAAUUUAUAAAAUAUUAAAAAAAUUAUCUCUUCUAAGGCAAUUUUGCGGUUUGAUCAAAUAAAACUUUUUUAGAGAUCAACCGACUGAGUAUCUCUCCUUUCUCAGGUACGUCUACUUGCCGUAUGAAUUCAUUUGCACUGUCCAGUGGGAGCACGACAAAGCAUACACCAUAUUUGUGUGGAGCUUGUGUUUUGUAGGACCGCUGAUCAUCACAGUGGCCUGUUACUCCAGUGUCAUGAAAGUAGCUCGUCAACAGGCCCGCGAGAAACCGCUGACAACAGUUGGCAGACUCAGUAAAGCAGGAAAUGACCCGGAUGUUGGCGGGAUGGUGGUGGCUGAUGGGAAGAGUGAAGCAGCUGUAGAAGGAAAUCUCACUUUUACUGCGAAUGACGACAAGAACAGCGAAGAAACUUUACUUGAGGAAAGCGUCACGUGCUACAUGGAAGAUGACAGACCAGAAGAUGAUAUUCAUCAGGCACCAGAUCCGCAUCCGGGCUCUGGCAUGGAAGUCCAGCCCGCUACCAGUGUGGGGUGCUCGGGUUUGUUCCUAGAUUUUCGAAGAAAUCACGCAGUAGCACCGGUGGUUCCUUUACCAUUGACGGAAAAAGCCCGAUCAGAUACAUUCGGGAUUUCCCGUACUCAGUUAGAUCCUACUAUCAUUGUUCUUACGGGUAAUCCCGAAGAAGAAUCAACUUGUAAGCGAAAAGAUGGCACAUCCCCCUGGCACACUGCGAGGGCACGGUUUGGUCCCUCGGGCAAACUCGGUUUGUCUCGAGUAAGUCCCGUAAGUAGGGACUUACCUGUUAUGAAUAGCUGGACAAAAGAAAUGUCACAAAAGAAUAAACUGACGAUAAUUCAAGAGGAAGACAAGGAGAUGGAUUAUCCGACAAGGGCUACCAAGUUGCCUGGUUACUUAGCUCGUGUACGUGAACGGAUGGCCGAGCGGAAGAUUGGGGAUAGACAAAGUAGAAGGUGAGAAUAUUGAGAGGCCAUGUUUUAUUAGGUCGCAGUAUUUACAAUGUCGUUGUCUAUAUUUUUAACUGUUAAGGAUCCUUAAAUGAAACAAACGCGUCUAAUUUGACAAAAUUAUCACCGCAGAACAAAUGAAGGUUAUUCUCGAGAAUUAUAAGUGACACUUGUUGUCACAAAAAUUGAUUCAAGGUCUGUUUACAUGGAGGUGGGGGACCCCAGGUAGGUGAGGUAACCCGCUUAGGUGGGUAACCCGCCUGACCAUAUAAUCUCUCAUUUUAAUUUGAUUACGUUUACAGGAUAGGUGGGUAGACUUUCCAAAAAGUCCUUCGUCGGAUUUCAUAUGGCGUGGGACGAAGGUCGCUCGUGGUCGGCCGCUUCGCGGCUAAACAAGGCUCGCUCCACUCGCCAAGAGGACGACUUGUAGCAAGUCUAGAUAGGUGGGGUUAUCAUAUGAGAGAUUAUAUGGAGAGGGGUUACCCCACCUAAGUGGGUUACCUCACCUACCUGGGGUCCCCCACCUCCAUGUAAACAGGCCCUAAAUUUAGCCUAAUUCAGGUUUGCCCAUCCAUCACCACAGUUGAGGAGUCCACGUUCCCUUUCCCCAGCGGGCAGAAAUGAUGCUCCUACGAAGUCAACUGUCGACUUAACGGAAGUGAGAACACAAAAGAUGGGCUUGCGUCUUGAUUGCUUUCUCUUUUCCUGUUUUUUUUUUCUCCCUUUAGAAAGGAGAUGAAAGUAGUCCUUAUACUUCUUAUUGUGAACGGUACCUUCGUUCUUUGCUGGCUGCCUCAUUUGGUUGGAGCGUUUUGUUUAACAUUUACUGGAGGCUUUUGCCCGUUCCCCGACAAUUUCUUUAUAAUCACCACUACUCUGGCCAUGCUGAACAGCGGAUGUAACCCAUUUAUAUACACUCUGACAUACCGGAAGUUUAGGAGAGCAUUUAAACGUGUUCUGCCGUGUUUUCGCGGGAAUAACACUGGAGGAAGAGGCGGGAUUUCGCAAGGAUAA